UUAAGCGAAUCUUCCAUGGCUACUAGUUGGCGCAGGUUAAGUCAGUAGAUACAGGGAAAGGGAAAAAACAAACCUAAAAAACUUACAUAGAAAGAAACAAUAUACAACAAGAGAAUACAAAAAGGCUAACAUAUUUUUCCACUUCUUGUUAAUGAUCCAUGUCGAAGAUGAAGCAUCUUCUCAGAAAGCUCCAUAUCGGCGGUGCCAUCAAUGACCACCACCGAUUGCCCGACACACGACCUGUGGCUAACCCCAGCCCCAGCCCCAGUACUAGUGCCCCUUUGUCUUCAUCGUCGUCGUCUUCUGAUGGUAGAAUUACGGCUGUUGAAUCGCCAGGAGGGGAUCGGAUUGCAGCGGGGGAUGCUAGUAGUGUGGAUUUUAAUUUAUUGGAGGAGGAGUUUCAGGUUCAGUUGGCUCUGGCAAUUAGCGCCUCGGAUCCGGAUACGCGUGAGGAUGCUGAGUCGGCUCAGAUCGAUGCUGCUAAGCGGAUUAGCCUCGGCUGUCCUGUAGCUCCAGUUAUCGUCACCGAUUCUCCGGUUGAGUCUCUCUCGCUUCGCUACUGGAGCUAUAAUGUUGUAAAUUAUAAUGAUAAGGUGAUGGAUGGCUUUUAUGAUGUAUAUGGCAUUACCUCAAAUUCAGUCGUUCAAGUUCAAGGAAAGAUGCCAUUGUUAAUGGAUCUGCAAGCAGUAUCAAUUUUAGAUAACAUCGACUAUGAAGUGGUGUUGGUAAACCGCUUUGUUGAUCCUGAACUUCAAGAACUUGAGAAAAAAGCUUAUAUCAUGUCCCUGGAGAGCCGAAUGUCUGAUGGCUUCCAUUUAAGUGGCUUGAUUCAGAAACUUGCUGAUCUUGUUGUUGAUAGAAUGGGUGGUCCAGUUGGUGAUGCUGAUGAGAUAUCGGCAAGGUGGACCAGGAGAAGCCAUGAGUUGCGAAAUGCUCUGAAUUCUAUCAUUCUUCCACUUGGACGUCUUGAUGUAGGACUUUCACGCCAUAGGGCGUUGCUUUUUAAGGUGCUAGCAGAUAGAAUUAACCUUCCAUGUAUGCUGGUUAAAGGGAGCUACUAUACUGGCACUGAUGAUGGAGCUGUCAAUUUGAUUAAGAUUGAUGAUGAAAGUGAAUUCAUUAUUGAUCUUAUGGGAGCUCCUGGAAUUCUAAUUCCUGCUGAGGUGCCCAGCAGUCAUCUCCCAAGCACUGGAUUUGAUGUAAGGGGCUUUGCUGAUCUUACUGGCAUUCCUAAGGCUUCACAGUUGCUUGGUGAAGAACCCAGGGGUAUAGCAGUUUCGUCUACUCUAGAUAAUGCUCCCCAUGUUGGAAGCUCAAGGACAGAGGAGCUGUUAUUUGUAGGCAUUAAGUCAAAUGAGCCUAACAUGGGCCGGAUUGAAAAAAACCAAGCUGAGGUAUCUGGACAUGAGAACUUAUCAGAUACAGGAAGGCCAUCAGAAGCAGAAAACAUUAAUGUAAAAAAUGUCUCAAAGUAUGUAAUGACUGCGGCUAAAAAUCCUGAAUUUGCACAGAAAUUACAUGCUGUUUUGUUGGAGAGUGGUGCAUCACCCCCUCCAGAUUUAUUUUCAGAUAUGAAUCAGCAAGAUUUGGGCGAGCAGAAGGUGCCUGAACAAGUUCAUCCAGAUAAUAGAGUAAAUCUAAAUGUUCAACUUUAUCGAUACUCUGAUAAGCUCAUGCCAAGGCAUGGACAGUCUCUUAUAUCCUUAACUGCAGAGGAUCCUUUGAACAAUAUUAGGUGUGAUACUAAGCAAGGAUGGCCUGCAGAGGGGCAAGCUAAACAACAAAGAGAAACAGAAAUAAAUUUCUUUAAGUCUGCUUCUUUUCCAUCUGACAGUACAACUGAGGGAUUUGUAGUUGCUAACAAUAGAACCAAUGAAAAAUUACAGAUGGGUGCUACAGUUGCAGACACCAGUUCUGAUAAUACACUAGGAGUGCUUGGAAGGACAAUGCAUGGAAAUCAAAUCCAUGAAUCGUCCUCAGCAGUGAACUCGUGUCAAUUACAACCUGAAGAUGCCUUAGUCCGCAAUGAUAAACAGGGUCUGCAAUUGGUUGAAACAUUCAAUGGUGGUCUAAAUAUGUCUUGUAAUGGUUAUGAUGAGAGAAUACAUCCAGUGCUGGGGGAGGUUGCUGAAUGGGAAAUCCCAUGGGAGGAUCUUCAAAUUGGUGAACGUAUUGGUAUAGGCUCAUAUGGUGAGGUGUACCAUGCAGAUUGGAAUGGCACUGAAGUUGCUGUGAAGAAAUUUUUGGACCAAGAUUUAUCUGGAGAUGCAUUGGUUCAGUUCAAAUGUGAAGCUGAAAUUAUGUUAAGAUUAAGACAUCCUAAUGUUGUUUUGUUCAUGGGAGCAGUUACUCGCCCCCCACACCUGUCAAUACUAACAGAGUUCCUGCCCAGGGGGAGUUUGUAUAGAUUACUGCAUCGUCCCAAUCCUCAACUUGAUGAAAAGAGGCGAAUGCGAAUGGCUCUUGAUGUGGCUAAAGGAAUGAAUUACUUGCAUACAAGCCAUCCUCCCAUUGUGCAUCGAGAUUUAAAGUCUCCAAAUCUCCUUGUUGACAAAAACUGGGUUGUUAAGGUCUGUGAUUUUGGAUUGUCACGCUUGAAACACCAUACUUUCCUGUCUUCAAAGUCUACUGCUGGAACGCCCGAAUGGAUGGCGCCUGAAGUCCUAAGGAAUGAACCAGCAAAUGAGAAAUGCGAUGUUUACAGUUUUGGAGUAAUAUUAUGGGAGUUGGCCACCUGUCAAAUCCCAUGGAAAGGCUUGAAUCCGAUGCAGGUUGUGGGAGCUGUGGGAUUCCAAAAUAAGCGUCUUGAGAUUCCAGAGGACGUUGAUCUAGCCAUUGCCCAAAUAAUACAUGAUUGUUGGCAAAGGGAGCCACACUUGCGACCCUCUUUUUCACAGCUUAUAUCCCGUCUGCGUCACAUUCAAAGUUUACGUGUUGAAAGAACAUAACAUACAAAUCAAACAACAGAAUGACUGGAACAGUCCUACUGUAGUUCAAGUUGUUUCUAGGCUCAAAGAGCCGGUGCAGCUUUUAUUUUAUUUUAUUUUUUCCUUUCCUUUUGUUUGAUUCCAAGAAGGAGAUUACUGGACAGGGAAGUGUUGGUUCAUUCAAAGUGGGGACUCGGCACAAGCCUGUUGGUUCAACACAAGAGUGGAGAUCCACCUCAUUAAACUGCGCAAGUGCAGAGGAGGAUGCCAUUGGAAAGUUGCUUUUAGGAGCAUAAAUAGUUAUUAUCAUUAAUCUUACAUGUAAGAAGAAAAAAAAAAUCCUAAAAUGGGAAAAGAAAAAUAAUCUUUCAAUUUAUCUUUGUUUUUCUGUGGAGGUCUUGUUUGGGUAAGCAAUCCCAACUCCGGAAUUGUAAACAUGCGAUCUCUACGGGUCAUUGUGGAAAAAGAAAAAAAAAAUAUUGUGGAAAAAAAGAAAAGUAAAAACAAGUGAAGAAGAGUUAUCUUUA